GAAAGAGUGCCUGUGAAGAAGAAGGGCGAGAGAGAGAGAGAGAAUGGGUUCCCAAACUGCAACGCAAAUUCCAGUGAUAGAUCUCACCGGAGAAAACUCGAAGCCAGGCUCCAGUUAUUGGGUCUCCGCCUACAAAAAGAUCAGGCAGGCACUUGAACAGCACGGCUUCUUCGUGGCCGAGUACGAUAAGUUACCAUUAGAGCUUCAUGAUAACAUCUUGUCAGAUGUAGCUGAGUUGUUUGAGCUCCCAUACGAGACCAAAAUCCAGAACACGAGUGAUAAACCUGCCCAUGGCUAUAUCGGAAAGAUCGCUGCCAUCCCCCUUCACGAAGGCAUGGGAAUCGAUCGUGCUACGCACUUGGAGGAGUGUGAAAAGUUCACCAAGCUCAUGUGGCCUUCCGGAAAUGACCGUUUCUGCGGAAACGCCCACAAUUACUCCAAGCUGAUGGCGGAAUUGGAGCAGAUGGUGGUGAGGAUGGUGUUUGAGAGCUACGGUGUAAGUAGCUACUACAAUGCUCAUGUAGAAACUGCCACCUACCUUUUGCGGUUCCUAAGCUAUCAGAAACCGGAAAUUGAUGAGGCCAACUUGGCCUUCGUGACCCAUACUGACAAGAGCUUCAUCUCCAUCCUCCACCAGAACCACGUCCUUGGCCUCGAGCUCCGAACUGCUGAUGGCAACUGGGUUGGCUUUCGCCCAUCCCCCACAUCUUUUGUCAUUUUGGCUGGUGAUGCUUGCAUGGCAUGGAGCAAUGACCGGGUAAAGCCCUGUUACCAUCGGGUGAUAAUGAAAGGGAAGGAAGCAAGGUAUGCACUUGGAUUCUUCUCGUUCCAGCGCAAUAAACUCAUAGAACCACCGAAGGAGCUAGUCAAUGAAGAUCACCCUCUUCAAUAUAAGCCGUUCGAUCACAUGGGACUUCUCCAGUUCUACGAUUCCGUUGAUGUUCGUAAAAGGGCAGAACACACCAUGACGAAAGCAUAUUGUGGUGUUUCAACCUAAUUUCUCAGGGCAACAUUUUUGUUGCAUUAAGCGGAUAAGAGCUGUAAUAAUGCAUUCUACUGUGGUGGGUGGGUUGGGGAAAGCUGUAAUAACGCAGGGUGAUGUUACUCUAUGGACAUGCUAUGGUGUGGUAAUGUGAUAUUUCUAGACAUAACACAGUGUUGUUUUGGAGAGUACAAGUCAUUAUGAUAUAUAAUCUUUUUCUGUCACAA